CAAUCAAUCAAUCAAUCAAUCAAUCAAUCAAUCAAUCAAUCAAUCAAUUAAUUAAAGUGUUGUUUGAUCUUAAAGUGGUUUUUAAUUUCAAUUGAUCCAUAAAAUCAAAGUGAUUUCAAAAAAAAAAUAGUUGUCGCCAACCAACCAGUGUUUUAUUGGCCACCAAAUCGGAUACCCGCGUCUAUUUCCGCGUCCACUUUUCAAACCAACCAACUAACCAACCAAUCGUCAUCCAACAACUGCAGUGUUGACACCAAUAAUCUAUCGGGUGAUCAAUCAGUUUCUAUAUAUAUACCCGCUUAAGACAGUUUCAAUUACCGACUCCCCCAGGGGUUGACCACCGAAACUGCCAAUUCAUAUGGCAUACAAAAUGUUUACAAUUGUUCAGUCGUUGCCGUCGUCGUCGUCGUCCUCUGCGACCACAGACCUGAGGAGUCCAUCGUCAUCGUCACAGUCAUCGUCAUCAUCAUCUUCAGUGUCGUCCUCCGCGCCGUUUUUACCGAAAAAGUAUUUACCGAUUAAACCYGUAGACCAAUUGGCUAUCAUUGGUCAGAUCAAAGACUUGAUAGGCGACAGGUAUGGCAUCAAUGGUCCGUUUAAUGUACUGAUGAACAACAAUACGGUUAUUGUUCGGUCAAUGGAUGAACAAAUGAUGGUCAGUACCGAUAAUAAUAACAAUAAUAAUGAUAUCACCGCCGCCGCCGCUGCCAAUAGAUCGACAGAAAUUGGUGUCCAAAUUGAUGACACAGUUAUGAUGACGGAUGAGUCGUUGGUACCACCGAAGCAGCCAACAAUUGAAUUGAUUGAUUUGACUACCGAUAGUGACAACGAUGAUAAUGAUGACGACCUCGACGUCGAUGAUGGCGAGUGUUUGUCGCCCAUUGAUUUGUCCAUCAAAUCUGCGGACAAUGUUGUUAUCACCGAUACAUCUAAUAUCAGUGUUGAAACUAUUGAUCUGUCAAUCGAUGAUCAAAUUGACAACAGUUUGCCACUGGAUUUGACCAUUAAGUCUAUAGACAAUGAUAUUGAGAUGUCAGCUGAUGAUGAUGUUGUUGUUGGCGUUGUUGUCGCUGACACUGAUCCGAACCAAUUGAUUGGCGAAACUAUUGCCAACCAUUUGCCGCUCAAGAAACGGCGUAUAGUUUGGGAAAGUCCUGAACCCCAAUCAAAAUCAUCGCUCACUUCAGCUGAUGAUGAUGAUGUAGUGUCAGCCGAUUCAAUGGACAUUGAUGUCGGCGACGACAGUUCAAUGGUGGAUGAUAUGGACGGCCAGUCGUCAAGUCAAGACACAACUGGCAGUGGCCAACCAAUCGAGAUGUCUGCCGCAGUUGUUGUCGAUUCUGGCUAUGACUCGGGCAAUACAUCAGUUGCCGAUAGUUUUGCUUAUCAAUCGCCAAUCAAUAACCAAUACAAAGGCCGCCGCCGACUAAUGGGUCGUAACGUAUGGAAAAGUCCUAAACACAGACCAGUAUCGACCAAUUCAAUGGACAUUCAACAAGCAGUGGACAACAGUGAUGUUGUUGCUGAUGAUGACGAUGAUGUGAAUUGUGGUGAUAAUGAUUGUCAGUCAACAACUCCAUACAAUAUAACUGAUGGCCAACCUAUGGACACCAUUAGUCAUCAAUCGACUGGAACUACUAGUAGUGGUGGUAUAGUUGAAGUAGACAACAACAACAACAACAACCCUACCCGUAGUUAUGUUGUCCUCAGUAGUGACAAAUUACAAGCUUUUGAACGACUUGGUCUAUGUCUCAAAGGUAUCAACUUUUCGAAACCAAUGGCCAAUGAAGGUAUGGUUUUGAGGAAUAAAAAACGAUUAUUACCUUCGAUGGCCACCUCCUCUUCCUCAGCAUCCGCUACCAGUAGUAGUAGUGGACACCAAUGAUAGCUGUGACCAAUCAAUCGGUUCCCGAGUUAUAAUUGUUUGCCAUUAUUAUAGC